AUGAAGUACACAUCCUUUCUUGCGGCCUCGGCCUUUACAACAUUAGCGAGCUCUUCUGCUAUUGAGGCUCGUCACGCAAUUGAAGCUCGCAGAGUUGCACCUGUCGACUAUGCUCUCGACAAGCGUGCCUCACCGCAGGCGCCCAACGGUUACGCGCCUGCUGUAGUCGACUGCCCGUCGACGCGCCCUAGCAUCCGCUCGGCAGACAAGCUUUCCGAGUCAGAGACAUCAUGGCUGCAGAAGAGGAGGCCCAACACAGUGGAUCCCAUGAAGGACUUUUUGUCGCGUGCCAGCAUUCCCAACUUUGAUGCAAGUGCAUACAUCGAAAAGCACCGCAGCAACACGACCGCGCUUCCAAACAUUGCCAUUUCAUUCUCUGGAGGAGGAUAUCGUGCUCUCCUGAACGGAGCUGGAGCUCUCGCUGCAUUCGACAACCGCACACGGAACGCGACAAGCAGCGGUCACUUGGGUGGGUUGCUGCAAUCUACGACAUAUGUCUCAGCGCUGUCCGGUGGUGGUUGGAUGCUGGGCAGCAUCUACGCCAACAACUUCACGAGCGUGCAGAGCAUUCAGGACAAGGGCGAGGGAAGCGCGAUUUGGCAGUUCCAAAAUUCGCUCUUCAAGGGUCCACCCACUGGUGGCAUUCAGCUCCUGUCCACAGCGGACUACUUCCACAACCUGGUCAGCACGGUCAGCGACAAGGUCGACUCACCCGCGGGCGGGUUCAACUCGUCCAUCACCGACUACUACGGCCGCGGCCUUUCUUUCCAGUUAAUCAACGCCAGCGAUGGUGCUCCUGCGUACACCUUCUCUUCUAUCCAGGAUGACCAGCUUUUCGCCAACGGUGAGGCACCCAUGCCUAUCCUGAUCGCGGAUGAGCGUUCUCCCGGCGACCUCAUCGUCUCUCUUAACGCGACCGUUUUCGAGUUCAACCCGUUCGAGAUGGGCUCGUUCGACCCAACCACGUACGGCUUCGCGCCCUUGAAGUACAUUGGAUCCAACUUCUCCAACGGGGCUCUUGCACAGAGCGAAGGCUGUGUUGCUGGCUUCGACAACCUGGGCUUCGUCAUGGGCACCAGCUCGUCGUUGUUCAACCAGAUCUUCCUGAGCCUGGGGAGCUUCAGUCUCCCUGAUUUCCUCACCUCCGUCAUCACGGACGUCUUGACCAAAAUCGGCAAGGACCAGAACGACAUUGCCGACUACACACCCAACCCGUUCUACGGCUUCCACAACGACACCAACCCCAGCUUCGACCACGAGCGCCUUACCUUGGUGGAUGGCGGUGAGGAUCUCCAGAACAUUCCUCUGAACCCCGUCAUCCAGCCUAUGCGCGCCGUCGACGUCAUCUUCGCGGUCGAUUCGUCGGCAGACACGAUCGCGCCAUCUGCGCCCAACUACCCGAACGGAACCGCGCUCAUCGCGACAUACGAGCGCUCCGAAACGCCAAUCAUGAACAGGACGUCGUUCCCGUACAUUCCCGGGCACGACACGUUUGUUGCGCUCGGGCUCAACAACAAGCCCACGUUCUUCGGCUGCAACAGCAGCAACGUGACGGCGGGCGGCAACAUCCCGCCUCUGAUUGUGUACCUGCCCAACUCGCCGUACAGCUUCGAGUCCAACACGUCGACGUUCGGCAAGCUCGACUACACGCUCGCGGAGCGCAACGCCAUGAUCCAGAACGGCUACGACGUCGUCACCCAGGCCAACUCGAGCCGCGCGGGUUCCGAGUCGUGGCCGACGUGCGUCGCCUGCGCCGUCCUGUCGCGCAGCUUCGAGCGCAACGGCGACGCGGUGCCUGACGCGUGUCAGCAGUGUUUCUCCACGUACUGCUGGAACGGCACGCUGGCGAGUUCUUCCGAGCCGUACUUUCCUCGGAUGCUGGCCGAGGCUUCUGUCAAGGAUAACGGUGUGGGCAGGUUUUCGCCCAACGCUGUCGGCGUUGCGCUGGCAGCGGCCGUUGCGGGGUGGCUCGUGGUUUGA